AUGUUUCCCGCAAACAAGUUCGCAGCUGUGAGUCGGGCAGCAAACUCCACCCUCAAUUUGAAUGGGAAGAACGCCGUCGUCAUAGGCGGUACUCAAGGUAUUGGUGCUGCGAUCGCCCUCCGAUUCGCUGCUUCUGGUGCGAACGUGCACAUCGUUGGUCGAAGCACCGAUGCCGCUCAGGAUAUCAUCUCACAAGCGAAAGAGCAUGGAGCGAAGGGCAAUCUGACGCACGAGCGGGCGGAUAUCUCAAGUAUGGCUUCUAUUCGGAAGCUCGCGAACUCCAUGAAGGAGAAGUACAAGGACACUGGUAUUGAUUACCUCGUUCAGACCGCUGGCGGUCCGCCUUCGGGAAAGAUUAUCGAAGGCCCGGAGGGCAUGGAGAAAGCUUUUGCACUGCAAUGUAUGGGACGGUUCUAUACGGCCUACUCUCUCAUUCCUGUGAUGAACACACGAUCAGGUCCAGCUAGGAUUGUUUGGGUGGCAGCUCCAGGACAAGGAUACAUGUCUCUUGACUUUGAUGACAUCGAGCAACGCAAAUCAUCACUGAUCCCUCGCACCCUUCGACAGGGACUUCGUGACUCUGCUUUCCUGGACAGUAUGGCAAUUGAAUUGACAAAGAGGAACAAAGACAAAGUGAUCGUUCAUCACGUCUUCCCUGGACUUGUGAACACGAACGCGAUGGUGAACCAAGGGUUUCCGAAAUGGAUGGUACAGUUCGCAAACUUGGGAAAGAGCUUUGUGACACGACCUCCGGAGGACAUGGGUGAGGUUGGUGUGUAUGUGUGUACGACACACGACUUUGGCAAAACGGGCGAGCCUUUGAGAUUGGAUUCAUGGGGAGGGAGAUUGAAAGAAACAGGGUGGGUGGGUGACCCGCAGAACCGCGAGAAACUCUGGGAUUGGGCACUGAAGAAGGCGGAGUCGGCGGGACGUGAGAAAGGAUAG